ACACGCGACAGUCGCAUGCGUUGACGUCAUAGAUUGUAGCAAAGGAAAGCAGUCGAUCUACUCUUUUUUUAUUUUUAUUUUUUUAAUAAAAGCUUUAAAAUUGCAGUCGAUAACAGUGAAGACAAGGCACUGUCAGUAUAGUAUCUGGUAUCGAGGCUUUGGGAGUAAAUAGUCAUGGCAGGUUCAGAGGCACAAAAACCAAAUAUGCAAUGUAUGCAACUCAUAGGGGUGCCAUAUAAAGGGAAGCGCUGGCGGCUAACUAAAGAGGGUGCAAUCGGACCCCCACCACCCCUCGCUCAACGCUUAUAAGGAGUUAUAAGGAACAUGAAGCUGGUGUCACAUACAUACUUUAAAAUGUUCAGGGUUAUGCUAUCAGCAACGACAAUGAGGAUGCCAACCAAAACGUUUAAUCCAUAUAGAAAAUGUAAAGGAAAUAUUGGCAGAAUAUUGGACAAAAUUCUGACGACCUAUACGGGAUGCUUCUUGCCACAUAUUUCAGUUACAAAACACUCAAGGGUCUUGUAACUAAAGAGAGAAUAUUUGUGUUUGCUGAUGAGGAGGAGCUGUUCAGUCUGAUGAAGGACAUGGAUUGCCUUUACUGCAGGAACCCAGUCCCUGCGUCAAAACAUCACCUCGAAAGGAGACAUCUCAAAUUUGCUAUAUAUUACAAAGAUGCUGACAUCGGGAAGUUUUCUAUUCCGUGUUACUGUGCGGAUGGAGGACAUGGCAGGAGCCACUGGCAUUGCCCAAUGUGCACUAAAACAUUGCAAAGGACACAGGAUUACAGACACCACAUCAGCAAACACGGUGUUAAGAUGAUCAAGAACAAAACAGAACAGGAAAGACACAAUCCAUGUCGCAAAAAGGAAAGCAAAAAGAAGUUGUCGAGAGGUUUCCCAUCAUAUGCUGAGGAGUUGUGUAUGCCACUGGACACGAACACACCGAAAGCUAAAGCACAGGAAAGACACAGCCCAUGUCGCAAAGAGGAAAGCAAAGCGAAGAAGGCAAGAGGUUUACCAUCAUAUGCUGAGGAGUUAUGUAUGCCACCGCACAUGAAAGAGAGAAUAUUUGUGUUUGCUGAUGAGGAGGAGCUGUUCAGUCUGAUGAAGGACAUGGAUUGCCUUUACUGCAGGAACCCAGUCCCUGCGUCAAAACAUCACCUCGAAAGGAGACAUCUCAAAUUUGCUAUAUAUUACAAAGAUGCUGACAUCGGGAAGUUUUCUAUUCCGUGUUACUGUGCGGAUGGAGGACAUGGCAGGAGCCACUGGCAUUGCCCAAUGUGCACUAAAACAUUGCAAAGGACACAGGAUUACAGACACCACAUCAGCAAACACGGUGUUGAGAUGACACACAACCCAGCAGACAAAAUACACAACUAUCACAAAAAGCUGCAAUCAGACUUUGAUGCUCAAGAGGCCAGCGUGAUAUUGAGAGACAAGGAUGUGUGCACUUUUGAACACGAUAACUUUGGGGAACCUACAGCAUUCCUUUUUGAGACUCUACAAACAGACAAUGAAGACGAUACGCCAGACAAUGAAGACGAUACGCCAGACAAUGAAGACGAUACGCCAGACAUUGAAGACGAUAUGCCAGACAAGAAGUUGACAUGUCAAACAUGUGGAUUCCUCUUUACCAACUUAUCAAAUUUGAGACGGCAUGAGAGACUACAGCAUGGCCAAGUCCAACAACCCAUGUUCUGCAUAGAUGCCAAAAACGGCAUCUAUGUUACACCCAAGGACCUGCAUGGACCGAGAGUCCCAAUUCAUAUCCUUAAGUCUUUCACCCUGCAGAUUAUGCUUUGUGAAUUGGAAGAAUGCAGGGAAUUCAUGAUAGCACAGGCCCAAUGUGGAAAUCCAGGUAAAGAAUGUUGUCACCUUGAGAGGACUAGUCACGCACGGAAGUAUGUUCCCCCUCCUCCGCUCUGCCUCAACUCUCUGGAAGAAAUGACGAACAAAGGCCUCCUGUCCAAAUUGGAGAAACAGGAGUGCCAGGAGAUGAACUCAAUGGCAUGUUUAGAGGGAGUUGAUUGUGUGUACCCUGUUCAUUGGGGAGAGUUUGAGCUCUUGGACAAAUACAUCUACUUUUCUGUGUACACCAACCUAAAGGACACAUGGUGUCAGUUUGGGAGGACACGUGUCUCGUUUGACCACAGAUCCAGAAAAUGGAAAUGCCUGUGUGAACACACAAAAAACAGUUGUAUCCACAAGUAUUUGUCUAUGUGGUGGAUGUUCCAAGAGCGUCCUGAAUUGUUUUACAACAACCUUGAUACAAACCCUGAGACAGCGGACCUCAUUGAAGAAGUGAUUGUGGAGGUAGAGAAUGACAACUAGGGAUAUGCAAAACUACCAUAUUCGUUUUCAUAAACGACUCGUUGCUGAACGAUCGACACCAAGAUAUUAAUCAGUACAACCUAUUGAACAGACCUCAAUGUACAGCAAUCCUUCACAGCCUUGUUUCCAAUCACAAAAAAAUUAAAUAUUGUGUCUACCAUGACUAAGGUCUGUACCUUUUAUAUUGGCUGGUAACUUGAGUUAACAGAUUAACUUUGCAAAAGGAUUGUUUCUUAUGUUUAAAAGAAAUGUUUUAAAGCUACUCUUGAGUAAAGUUUUGUAAAGCAGUUAGACUGUGUAAUUCAUAUUUAGUGAGUAUGAGAAGUUAUGUUUAUGUUCGACUUUGCAAGCAGUCUGAUCAUUUGAAGUGUUUCUGAGGGGCAGUUAGACUCUUGAGCCUAAAUAAAUACUAUUGAUUUUCUAGUUUUUCACUGUUGUUCUUGAUUAGCUUUGUUGAGUAUGUUAGACUUAAUGACAUUGAAGAAUUUAGAUUUUCAAUACAGUUGAUUCUGGCAAGUAAUACAUGAUCUGAUUCUUUAUUACUGUGAUCAUAUUAAUCUUAAAUUGUUCUUUUUAACUCUUUAACUUGUACAAAAGUUAAAACAUCUGGUUAAAGCAUGGUAUAUAUUUUACACCUCGUGUAGGUUGUGAUUAAACACAUUUUAAAGCAAAAUAUGUGACCUUGUGUUACUUUCAAAGGCAAUGAUUAUACACAAAGCACAUUAUAUUACCAUAAGCUACACUGCUGUUGCUUCUUUUGAAUUUGAUGACAAUGUUUUAUGCUGAUUUUAAAUCAUGAUACUAAUAAGACUAUGUUAUAAAUACAAUGUCACUUUGGACAGAAAAAUUGGCAUGAAGGUGUGAGAUAAUUUUCUGCAUAGAUGCUUCAAGGUAGGUUCUUCUCACUAAAAUAAACAAGAACUAAUUGAUAAA